CGCAGAUCCAAAGAGACGCCAGUAGCUUUUAGCCGAGGGACAUUGAAUGACUUUGUACCCGUGUGCGGCAGCGUAAAGAAAGUAUUUGACAGGUCGGGAUCAGUACCGGAGCUCAUGGAGGCCCUCAUACCUGUCAUAAACAAACUACAGGAUGUAUUUAACACGGUCGGCGCAGACAUUAUCCAACUGCCGCAGAUAGUUGUUGUGGGAACUCAGAGCAGUGGGAAGAGUUCGGUUUUAGAGAGCCUGGUUGGCAGGGACAUCCUGCCACGUGGCACUGGCAUCGUCACACGCCGGCCCCUUAUCCUACAGCUAGUGCACAUCGAUGCAGAGGACCGCAGGAAAACCAACGAAGAGAAUGAAUCCAAGAAAAAUGGGCGCCUUUACAGAGGCAUCGAAGGAGAGGAGUGGGGCAAAUUUCUACACACCAAAAACAAGAUUUACACAGAUUUUGAGGAGAUCCGGAAAGAAAUUGAAGCAGAAACGGACAGAAUAUCUGGUGAUAACAAGGGUAUUAGUGAUGAACCCAUUCACCUGAAAAUCUUCUCGCCACACGUUGUGAACCUCACAUUGGUGGACCUUCCUGGCAUUACAAAGGUACCGGUAGGAGACCAGCCCAAAGACAUCGAGCUCCAGAUCAGAGAAUUGAUCUUCAAGUUCAUCUCCAACCCAAACUCCAUCAUCCUGGCUGUGACUGCUGCCAACACAGACAUGGCAACCUCAGAGGCCCUUAAAGUGGCCCGCGAGGUUGACCCUGAUGGCAGGAGGACACUAGCAGUGGUGACCAAGCUGGAUCUGAUGGAUGCUGGCACAGAUGCCAUGGACGUACUGAUGGGCAGGGUCAUUCCUGUCAAAUUGGGCAUUAUUGGAGUUGUUAACAGGAGUCAGCUGGAUAUUAAUCAAAAGAAGUUGGUGGCAGACGCCAUCCGUGAUGAAUAUGCCUUCCUACAAAAGAAGUACCCCUCCCUUGCAAACAGAAAUGGAACCAAAUAUCUGGCCAGAACAUUGAACAGGUUACUCAUGCACCACAUCAGAGACUGUCUUCCUGAGCUGAAGACGAGGAUCAACGUGCUGGCAGCGCAGUACCAGUCGUUACUCAACAGCUACGGUGAACCUGUCGAAGACAAGAGCGCCACGUUGCUGCAGCUCAUCACCAAGUUUGCUGCAGAGUACUGCCACACCAUAGAGGGCACGGCCAAGUACAUAGAGACAGCUGAACUAUGUGGUGGAGCAAGAAUCUGUUAUAUAUUUCACGAAACAUUUGGUCGCACGUUGGAGUCAGUCGAUCCUCUGGGUGGUCUAACAACCAUUGAUGUGCUCACAGCAAUCAGAAACGCAACGGGCCCGAGGCCUGCUUUAUUUGUGCCUGAGGUUUCGUUUGAGUUGCUGGUGAAGCGGCAGGUCAAGCGCCUGGAGGAGCCCAGUCUGCGCUGCGUGGAGCUGGUUCAUGAGGAGAUGCAGAGGAUUAUCCAGCACUGCAGCAACUACAGCACACAGGAGUUGCUGAGGUUUCCAAAGCUCCAUGAUGCCAUCGUCGAAGUGGUCACCUCGUUACUCAGAAAGAGACUCCCAGUCACCAAUGAAAUGGUUCACAAUCUGGUUGCCAUUGAGCUGGCCUAUAUCAACACCAAGCACCCGGACUUUGCUGAUGCCUGUGGCCUCAUGAACAAUAACAUAGAGGAGCAGAGACGCAACAGAAUGAGAGAUCUGCCCUCUGCCGUCCCCAGAGACAAGUCCCUUAAAGGCCCCGGUGGGCAGUCUCUGUCUCCCACUGAGCCUCUUGCUCUCGAGGGCGAGGCCACCAAGGCAGCAGCCGGCGGCUCUCAGAGCGGCCCUGUCAGCGAGCAGGCAGAUGGCGGCACGGGGAACUGGAGGGGCAUGUUGAAAAAGGGAGAGGAAGCAGCAGGUGGUGACAGGGCCACGCUCCAGCCUCUUCCUGCAAGCCCACAGAAGGGCCAUGCUGUCAACCUGUUAGAUGUGCCUGUUCCAGUGUCCCGGAAGUUGUCUGCCCGGGAGCAGAGGGACUGUGAGGUCAUCGAGAGACUCAUCAAAUCAUACUUUCUUAUUGUACGAAAAAACAUCCAGGACAGUGUACCGAAGGCCGUGAUGCACUUCCUGGUGAACCACGUGAAGGACUGCCUGCAGAGUGAGCUGGUGGGUCAGUUAUACAAGACGAGCCUGCUGACCGACCUGCUGACAGAGUCCGAGGACAUGGCUCAGAGGCGCAACGAGGCCGCUGACAUGCUCAAGGCGUUGCAGAAAGCCAGCCAGGUGAUUGCAGAGAUCAGAGAAACCCACUUGUGGUGAGGGCGGCCUCUCUUCAGCAGGCUUUCUUCAUCCCGACACGGACCAUCCAACAGUUCCUGCUCCUCAGGCCGCUGAGACGAAACAACUUGAAAACACACUGCUGUGGAUAUGUGUAUAUGGAGACAUAGUUUUAAUGUACAGUAAGGACUCGGAUUUAACGAAGGGCAGUUUAUAUCAGCUCCUCACCAUCAGCAUCACACGUGCUUCUGUCCUAGAUUAUUAUAUUUUUCUUAUGUAAUUAAAAUAAAUAAAUAGAUAACAUUAUGCAUCACCACUAUGUGGAGCCUUGCUGAGGAAUGUCUGUUCUUAAUGUAGGUUUGAAUUAAAGCUACAACAUGGAGAUGCUCUCUUUAUCAUGUCAGAUCUUUUUCUGGACUUGUGUACCAAACAAAUGCACUUAAUUCAGAUAUGUUUGUUGGGAAAUAAGCCCCAAUAUUUGUACACAUUGUUCUGUUUUCUGUUGGUAACAGUAUUAUUUGUAUGAUGACAUGAAACUAUUUUACAUCAGACCCAUAUUUGUCCCUUUGUUAACAUGUUUCAACAAGUUAUCUGAGAAGUUUUUAGAGGUUUCGGUACAUUCAAGAGCCGUUAGUAAAAGCUGCUCGAGUUGUUGUAAUGUGUCAUGUCACUGUACAUUGGACUUAAUUACACAGAAACAGACAAUC